AAUAGUCACUUUUCCGGGUUUCGUUGUAAUUUCAAAUGGUCACUAAAUGAAGGUGUUUAAGGAGUGAAGGAGUGAUUCUGUAUGUGAUAACUUUGAUCGGGUGCUAGUCUUUCAUAUAUAUGGAUCAUCACUUGAGACUGUAGAUAACAAGUGUGCAAUUGACAAGUAUGCAGUGAUCAUCUACAGAGUAUGCAACACAGACAUACUCAGAAAAGUCCACUCCAAAGAAUAUUGCCCUCAUUCUGGCAAAGUAAUUGUUAAGACACAGCACUGUUGGUUUUUUUUUUUUUUAACAUACUCUUUUAAAUUUGAGCCAAUACUUUGAAUUCACCCUUGAGGUUAAAAAAUCUUUGAUGUCUUUAAUUGAAUGUCUUACUGUCCCCAUUAACUGCAUUUCUCUGAAUUUUAUGGCCUCUUAUAUUCCAUUAUAUACAUGGUUCCAUGCGUUUUAGAAAGAAAGCAGUUUCACAAGCAGUAUAACUUACGACGAGUAAUUUAAUUAAGUCUGAGAUUCCCUAGAAUACUGGCACACAGAGUGGAGGAGACGCAAAGGCAGAAAGGAUCAGGACCAGAGGCAGCUCAGGUUGAAGAAAUGCUGUAUAUGUGUGUGCUGCCCCCUGGAGGGGAAGGAUAGUCCUAUCCUACUCUGUUUCAUCCUCACAUCUUCUACCUAGAAAAGCGACCUCUUGCUCAAGAAGUUCCCAAAAGGCGGCAUUUCCACAUCCUAGGCAGGUAUGCAUUCACUCACUCACGCUCUGGCUCCAAGGUGAAUCACUGCAACUCCUUUUAAGGAGAGGCUGCAUGAAAGGAAGUGGGGGAAGGGUUAGUGGGGAGCUUCUUCACCACGCCUUGUUCUUCCUUCAGGCUGAGACGCCAAGCCAAAAGCUGAUCCCAGCAGCUAAACUCGGCAGAGAUUCCGACAGCUUUGCUAGCAGCUGCCUGAUUCCUCUCCAAAUCGGCCUCCUUGCCCAGCACUCCCUAUCACUGCCUAUUCACAAUGGCCAGGAAUCACCUAGUACAGAAAGCCAAGCUAGCUGAACAGGCUGAGCGUUAUGAGGACAUGGCUGAUUUCAUGAAGGCUGUGGUAGAGGAUGAAGCCGAACUCUCUAAUGAAGAACGCAACCUGCUCUCGGUUGCCUACAAGAACGUAGUCGGCUGUCAGAGAUCGGCAUGGCGGGUCCUCUCCAGCAUUGAGCACAAGUCUGAAGAAGGAGAUGACAAAACUCAGCUGGUCAAUGAAUAUCGGGAGAAGAUUGAGAAAGAGCUGAAGAACGUUUGCAAUGUGGUCUUGGAGCUCUUAGACAAGCAUCUCAUCCAGAAAGCUAGCGACCCAGAAAGCAAAGUCUUCUAUUUAAAAAUGAAAGGCGACUACUUCCGUUACCUGGCCGAGGUGGCCGCUGGGGAUGACCGAAAGCAGAUAAUUGACAAUGCCCGAAAAGCUUACCAAGAGGCCAUGGACAUCAGCAAGAAGGAGAUGCAACCCACAAAUCCUAUCCGCCUGGGCCUCGCUCUUAACUUCUCCGUGUUCCACUAUGAAAUUGCCAAUGCUCCAGAAGAGGCCAUCAAGCUGGCCAAGACCACCUUCGAUGAAGCCAUGGGUGACCUCCACACGCUCAGCGAAGACUCCUACAAAGACAGCACUCUCAUCAUGCAACUUCUCAGGGACAAUCUCACACUAUGGACAGCAGAGUGCUCAGGAGAAGAAGGCGGAGAAGCGGGAGAAGAGCCAAAGAACUGAACUUUUUAGACAGUAGAAUGAUAGUAACUCCACAUCUCCCUUCCUCUUUUGUUCUUUUUUUCCCAACACAUGGUAUUUUUUAUAAGCUGCAUCUCCAGUUCCUGAAAGUUUCAACGGGAUUUUGACAGCAAAAGGGGAUGGAUUCAUAAAGGACUUAAGCAUUUAUCCACUCGUCCUCAUGUGACAGCUUUGGGAUUACCUUGGUCCUUGGGCCCCGUUCUUCCUGGUAUGUGACAUCUGCUAGACUCACCGCAGCGUGGAACUCCUUGCUUGGGUUUCCCCCCCCCCCCUUCAUAAACUCUUGUGUUUGGUACAGCAUCUGGUUCAUACAAGUGUUCUCCUGGCAUGGGAUGGAUAUUAUAUAUAUAUCCAUAUAUAUAUAUAUAUAAUAAUUUGUAUGUCUAACUGUGAACAAAACUAAAACCCGAAAGCUUAAACAUUAUUUUGCAUGGCAGAGGUACCAAAACAGUAGCUGAACCGAGUUAAACAAAAAUACUUGUCUUUGCUUUCUCCAGGGCUUUUUUUUUUGUUCUGUGGGGUUUUCUCACUCCGGGCCAGAAGUUGGAAACGGGGCCUUGAAUGUGUGAAUGUGGGAGGGAGAAUUUCUUCUCUAAGGGGUUAAAGCUAGCAAUCUCAAGAGAG